AUGCAAAUACCCUAUCCUAAACAGAACAGUGAAUCAACUAUUUGCGAAGACACGCGCCAAUUACCUCUUGCUUGUGAGAAAAUUGGAUCAGCUAAUCCUGCCUCCGAACCGGGAAGACCAGCCUCUCCAGGCCCACCUGAAGGAAUGAUACGCUCGAAGCCACGUAUCACCACUCAGGAAGAACUUGAGGCUGCUAAAGAACGCUACCUCCUACGGAAGGAGGCUGGUAUACACCCGACGAUCCAGGAUUCAGAUGAAUAG